UUUCAUUCAAAUCAAGUAUAUGUUGGGGUGGACGUGUCCUUUAAAACCAUCUUUCAUUUCUUCAGGUUCUUUGUUGACAAGCCUAUAGUAAGAUCAGACCCUCCCCAUCUUACUAAGACAUCCUUCCAGUUGAUAAACUAUGACAACGAUGUCAAAGAACCGCCGUGUCAAGAGAAUACUUGCCUAACGACAAAUGAAACGAAGGAACAGAAAGAUUUAAAAGAAGAGGAAGAAGCGGAGAAGGAAGGAAAAUCGAAAAGUGAAGAGGAAGAAGAAGAGGGGGAGGAAGGAAAGAAAGAAUCAUUCAAGGAAGACACAGACGAGGAUCCUUUGAAGGGACUAAGUCCUGAAGAAAUCAACCAGCUUGCUAUAAGAGCUUUCUGGACAUCAACGACUCGAAGGAUGACAGAACAAGCUUGUCUUCCAGUCCCAAAGUUCCGUCCUCCAAGCUCGACGCUAGAGAGGAACGCAGACCUGGUAAAAUACCGUCCCUGGCGAUACGACGUUGGUCCAGCCACCUGGCAGGAGAUCACACCUCCAGUAUGGGAUCGGAUCCAGGAACGGGCCAGGAUCAAACCUCGACAGUCCUAUCCUAGACCAACACCUGUCAUUAACACCACGGCAUUCACCCCUAUACCCGCCAUCAAUAGGCCCAAAUCAGGAAAAUCAAAAUUGAAAGAUGGUGGCAGUAUUUCUGUAAACGAAACGAUAACAGAUCUCGUCAAACGAGAAAGGCUUACUUCGACCUAUGUCCGCCAGUGUCCCGGUUAUGCAGGCUACCGUCCUAGGUCACCGCUUCGAAUCCCCAUGGAGAAUCUGAAUGAACCCAAUCUCAGGAUGACGACCACUAUGAAAGCCAGUUAUAGACCAUUGAUGUUUCCUCUGAUCAACAUGGACCACUUUCCUCACAUGGGUCCGAUGUCUCGUACAGUCACUCUCACCUACCCCUGCAACCCCUUCAAUAAGGUCGAGAAACUUCGCAGCUACGGAGGAAACGAUGUCUAACCCGAGCUCCUGCUUGAUAACUAUCUAUCCCAAAUAACACCCCACCAUGACAAGCAGUUCCCUGAAACGUGGCCCAAGUAUUUGAAUUUUAAUAAAAAGAUACUCACUCAAUAAUCAUUUAUAGAUAGGAUAGGAGAGCAGAUAUUGUAAGAAAUCGUGAAAACCAACAACUGGUGGACGUCGUAUUGUUAACUCUAAUUGAUCAUCGAAAAUAAACACAUUUGAGUAAUCAUAUAAGCCAUGAUAUCGUGAUUAUUAAGGGUUUUUAAUAAAGGUCAUGUUCACGAUGUUGAGCUCUUGUAUUGACAAAAUUUCCCUUGUAGAAGGAAUCGGAUUAGGGCUGAAUCGCAAUUAAAGACUUUGCCCCGAUACUAAUUGAUAAACUUUUAAAUAACUUUCCCUUAAAAUAGUUAUAUUCAUCUGGCCCGCCUACCCUACAUUCCUUGCUUAACGUUCUCCCCAUCUUUGAUAAACCUUCUAAAUAGGGAAUUGAAUUUCAAGAUAUGUAAUAACUUUUCUAAUAAAGCGCAUAUUUGAGUAAUUUUGUUUCUAAUGUUGUAUUUCGUAAUGGGUAUUAAUGACCUAUUGCGAUUUUUGUUCGCACUUAAGUCUUUUUCAACCCCGAUCCCUCCCCCCCUCUCUCUCUCUACCUAUGCCACACAGAUUUUCUCAAUUAACACAUCUUUCUCUCACUCUCCCCUCCACCCCUCGUCCAUCAUACGCUGUACCUUUCCUUGGCUUUCAUAUAAUUUCAAACCAAAAAGAACAAGGCCCUUUAUCGGAUCAAAGACAUCUAAAUC